ACUUUCCCCACAGUCCCUCAGUCCACGCGCGUCCUUCGCCCUGGUAGUGCUUUCCACACUACAGGAAAUUUACUAUGAUGAACUUUGCUACCAUAAGAGCCCUGAGUGGAGUUCACCGCGGGAUCCGUGCGAUUCAAAAACAUACAUUACACUUUUACCAACACCGCAACAUGUCUCAGUCCAAACUCCCCGUCACUCUGCUGGGGUCCAUGGCGUUUGGGGGACGCGCGGACGCGCACACGAGCGCGCAGAUGGUGCAGGUGUUCUUAGAGCGCGGGCACGAUGAGCUGGACACUGCGUUCAUGUACAAUGACGGACAGGCGGAGACCAUCAUAGGAGACAUGCAACUCCCUUCAACAGUUCGAAUCGCGACUAAAGCAAACCCUUGGGAGGGAAAAACCCUGAAACCAGAGAGUGUGGUGAAUCAGCUGGAGACGUCUCUGAAGAGGCUGCGCACACAGUGUGUGGACAUCUUUUACCUGCACGCGCCAGACCACCAGAACCCCAUCCAACACACACUCGAGGCCUGCAACCGGCUCCAUCAGCAGGGCAAAUUCAAGGAGCUGGGCUUAUCAAACUAUGCCUCAUGGGAAGUGGCAGAAAUCUGCUGCAUCUGCAAACAUAAUAACUGGGUGCUUCCUACUGUAUAUCAAGGCAUGUAUAAUGCAACCACACGACAAGUGGAGACCGAGCUACUGCCGUGCUUAAGAUACUUCGGCAUCCGCUUCUAUGCUUACAAUCCCCUGGCAGGUGGGCUCCUCACUGGGAAAUAUCACUAUGAAGAUAAAGACGGCUCUCAGCCCGCGGGUCGCUUCUUCGGGAACAGCUGGGCUGGUGCUUACAGGGACAGAUACUGGAAGGAGAGUAGCUUCCAAGGCAUCGAUGGCGUACAGAAGGCUCUGGAAGAAGCGUACGGCUCGGAGAAACCCACUCUCACUUCAGCUGCUAUUCGCUGGAUGUAUCAUCACUCUCAUCUGAAGGGGGCUGAGGGUGACGGGGUCAUUAUCGGGAUGUCCAGCAUGGAUCAGCUGCGUGAGAACCUGACGGCAGCAGCAGAAGGUCCGCUCAAACAGGAAGUCGUGGACGCUUUCAAACACGCCUGGGAUUUAGUGGCCCACGAGUGUCCCAACUACUUCCGCUAGACAAUUAGAGAAAACAUGAAGCCUGAUUUAGAAGAACUAAUCCAGAAAUCGCUUUAUUUUUCAAUGGUCAAGUGAUAAAUUGAGUUGGAUGUGCUUCCUAAUGAACACAAUGACAAAAUCAAACCUCGUCCUGAGCUCACCAGCACUUAAUGUAUUUCAUACCCCACGUUUACAUGAGAAUGCAAUUGUGUCUUGAUAGAUCACUGUGCCGUUUUUCUUCUUGCCUUAAAUUUGCUAAAUAACUUAUAUUUAACAGUAAGAAUAACACACAGAUCACGUUUGCCUCAGUCCCGUUCUCUCUCUUCAGUACAGACGGACAGAAACUAGUAUUUUUGAAACAGAUGACUGAAAGAACACUCAAUAAAAACAUUUUACAGGUUUAUGGUGGAUCAAAACGAACAAAUGUUCAUGGCAAAAAAAGUCCAGGAUUUAUUCGCUCCCUUCUCCUUCCUCUGAGUCUUCAUCCGCUUCCUCUUUCCUGCUGUCCUCGACGUCCCCAUCCGUUAGCUUCUCAAAGUCCCCGGAUUCUGAACUCCACAUGCACUUAAUCGACAUCUUGAACUCCGCCAUCUCGUUUCCAAAGAGUUUCUGAUUUGAAAGGGCAAAAACACAUCGGUUUAGAAUAAUGUUAUUAAGAUUUCAAGAUUGAAUCCCAGUCAGUCUAGGACAUAGGAAAGCUUAUCACGGAAAAUAGAAAAGAUAAUUGCGACUUUAUCCUUUAAUUUACCGUACCUUUACUUCAUGAUUACCCUUUUUAUUUUCUAUUCUAUGGCACAAACAAACUUCCAUAAUUAUGGACAUAAUUAUUAGACAUAAUGACAUCUAUUGUUGUUGUUUCAAAUGCAUUUCAAUCCAAAUAAAGAUAUGUGAUAUUUAUGAAUAAACCAUCCAGCAAUAAAUGCGUUUCAAAAUUGA